AAUCGCCUGACAUGCCGACCAAUAAGGCCCGACGGGCGCCGAGCAAAGACAAGAAAAAAGAGUGGUGAUGGGUUCGGGGAACCGACGGCGCAAUCUGGAGAAACCGGUAGGGAAACAAAGCCUGGUGGUGUGGGAGGCCCGAAUCUGGGGAAAGCUGAACAAACACCCAGCGCCGCCGCACCCCGGCAAGGAUCUCGGCUUGGCAAGUCAAAGCUAGGGGUCGUAAGAUGCGAAUAGCAUCAUGCCACCGUCGACCGAACCACCCCUAGAAGCCUGCCAUCCGGCGGAGUCUCCUGUUGGCACCUCGUGAGGCUUCUCCAGAUUGGACUCCAGCUGCCCAGCGCCCCCCCAUUGGCACGAAUCGUAGACAUGAUCACCGGGUCGGUACAAACUAGCCGAAGCUGCUUCUCACCCGAUCGAGACACUCACCUACCUCUACGACACGCCGUUGAGAAGCCAGCCAAAACCUCCAGCGAUAUCCGUACACUGAACGGUAGGCAUUCGAGGAAACUGGACCCACUCUGCUUCUCCACAGAACUUUGAACUAUCCUCCCACCCCCCUCCCUCCCUGGUCGUUCUGAGGGGACCACCUUCGGCUUUUGACUUCGUCAAGCGAUCAAAGGAUGGGAGAGGAGGACACGCACACACCCAUGCUUCUCACUCUUAGGCCUUACCAUACUUUGUACGUGCCGAAAAUCACCUUACACGCUACAUCUCACUCACACCCAUCGUCCUACACCAAUUUCUUCCCUCCCCUCCCCUCUCAGGUCCCCCGUGUUGUCCCCAUCGGGGAACUUGGGGAAAGCACGCACGGUUCAAGGCUGGGCGGUGCCUUUUCUGUUGCUACACACAGCACUAGUUUUUCUCUCACCUUUUCAACGCAAUGCUACUUUGACUACGACCCUUUUCCCCCUUCAAGACUGUUCAAACCUCACUCCCCAUCCCGGAAGGGGGCAACCAACCGUCGAGUAGGGUAUAUAACGACGCGAAUGCCCUCCUCAUCCGAUCAGUUUCAUAGUGUCUUCAGGCGACCGAUUCUCUCUUUCUCUUUCUCUUUCUCUUUCUCUCCGUGCAUCCCCGGGCCAGCUCAUCCUCUGUCUCUUUUGCACGCUGUCACACGGGGAUAUAUAUCACCGUAGUCUCGGGUCAUCGACAACUCGUCAACCCAGAAUAGGGUCAUCUUCCAACGCCAAACACCAAAGAUGUCCGACCCGAAGCACCCCGCCUCCGUCCGCGAGGACAAGGAGACGGCCAUCCACCAACAUGCAGACGACGUCGCCGCCGCCGCCGCCGCCGCCCCCAACCAACACACAAACUCCCAACACCCGGAAGACCUCGCGGCCGAGGCCGCCAACGCCGCCGAGGCCGAGCACCAGAUGACGCUCCUCGAGGCCAUCCGGACGUACCCGAAGGCCAUCGGCUGGUCCGUCCUGCUCUCCUCCACGCUCAUCAUGGAGGGGUACGACCUCGCCCUGCUGGGCAACCUGUACUCGUCGCCCGUCUUCAACCGCAAGUACGGCGCCUGGAGCGAAGCCCAGGGCCGCUACGUCGUCUCGGCCGCCUGGCAGUCGGGCCUGUCCAACGGCGCGCGCGCCGGCGAGGUGUUCGGGCUCGUCAUCGCCGGCUGGACGGCGGACCGGUACGGCUACCGCGUCACCACCAUGGGGUUCCUGGUCCUGAUGAUCGCCUUCAUCUUUGUGCUGUUCUUCGCGCCCAACGUGCAAAUCCUCGUGCUCGGGGAGGUCCUCUGCGGAAUCCCCUGGGGUGCGUUUCAGAGCGUCACGCCGGCCUACGCCUCCGAGGUCGCCCCCGUCGUCCUCAGACCGUAUCUCACCACCUUCAUCAACAUGUGCUGGGUCAUUGGUCAAUUCUUCUCGGCCGCCGUCAACAAGGGCUCGUUCCACCACCAGGAUGAGUGGGCUUACAGGAUCCCCUUUGGAGUGCAAUGGGUCUGGCCCGUCCCCAUCCUCAUCGGCCUCUUUUUCGCCCCCGAAUCCCCAUGGUGGUACGUCCGACAUAACGACAAGGCGGCCGCCAAGCGCGCCCUCCUGCGGCUCACGUCGCGCAACCAGCCCAACUUCAACCCGGACGAGACCAUCGCCAUGAUCGAGCACACCAACGAGAUGGAGCGGCGCGUCAAGGAGGGCGUCACCUACCGCGACUGCUUCCGCGGCGUCGACCUGCGGCGCACCGAGAUCGUCGUCGGCAUCUGGCUCGUCCAGACGCUCGGCGGCCAGAACCUCAUGGGCUACUUCUCCUACUUCCUCACCCAGGCCGGCAUGGACCCGGGCAACUCCUUCAGCCUCUCCAUGGGCCAGUACGCCCUCGGUAUGGUCGGCACCGCCGGCUCGUGGUUCCUCAUGCACCGCAUCGGCCGCCGCACCAUCCACUUCUCGGGCCUGUGCACCCAAUUCGUCCUCCUCCUCGUCGUCGGCUUCCUCUCCUUCUCGGGCUCCAACGCCGCCGUCUGGGCCAUCGGCGCCAUGCUCAUCCUCUUCACCUUUGUCUACGACUUCACCGUCGGGCCCGUCACAUACUCCCUCGUCUCGGAGCUGUCGUCGACUCGCCUCAAGAACAAGACCAUCGUCAUGGCCCGCGCCGGCUACAACGCCAGCAACAUCUUUGUCAACGUCAUGACCAACUACCAGCUCUCCUCCACCGCCUGGAACUGGGGCGCCCGCACGGCGCUGUUCUGGGCCGGCACCUGCCUGCUGUCGUCCGUCUGGGUCUACUUCCGCGUGCCCGAGCCCAAGGGCCGCACCUACGCCGAGCUGGACCUGCUCUUCGAGCAUAAGGUCUCGGCCAGGAAGUUCGCCGGCACCAAGAUCGACCCAUACUCGCAGGGGCUCAGCGGCGAGAAGAAGUUGACCGAGGAGCACUGAAAACAAAGAAGAUGCGCCACCCGCAGCGGGCACGAACGGGUUGGAGUUGUUGUACCACUAGAUCAUAGUUACUAGCGUAAUCUUAUGCAUAAUGAACAAGACCUCGUCACCUCAAGUCUGCAAGGUUUUGAUUUGCUGGAAAGGGGAGUUGUUCUGUUCCCUCCCUUUCUUGUGUCUCGUGUCUCAUAUGCUGAGUGUACUUGUGAUGUGAGGAUUUUUAAUUUUUUAAUU